AUGCCGAAAGCUACGAAAGUUGUGAGGAAGGCUGGAAGCGCCACAAAAAAGGAAACCGCAGGCAAGGUCACGAAGGACGCCGUCAAGAAGGACACAAAAGCCACAAAAGCCGCAAAGCCCCCAAAGAUCUCUACACCGUGGAGUCAAGAAGAGCUAGAGCUUCUCGCAAGACAAUCCCAAAAGGUUCAGCGAGGAUGUACCUGGCAGAAAUGCGCCGAUACGAUGAACUUGGAGAUGAAGAAACGCAAGAAAAAGACUGGCACCGAACCAACCAGAAUCUUCAGCUCAAUCGCAAUCCAAAGCCGUCUUAGGCGAUUGAAGAUUGAGCAACCUGAGCUUUUCAAAAAUGAUCAAGAGAAGGAGGACGAUACGAUCAAAGGAAGCCUGGGGGAAUCUGCUGAUGCUGGCGAGGGACCGUCUUCACGCGUUGAGGGCGGAGAGGACAUGGCCAUCGUAGUGGAUUCCGGAGAACCUGACCACGCGGAUGAGGGUACGGAUUCGGAUGUCGAGCAUGAUGAAGACGAAUCGAUGGAUGCGGACCAAGACUCAAUGGAUGUUGAUCAAGAAUCAUUGGAUAUUGAACAAGAGGCUAUGGAUAUUGAUACUGAUGUUGAUGUCUCAGGGACUCAAGAGACUGUAAUUGCAUCUUCUGAGCUAUCCCACGAUCUCUCAGAGAAUCUACAAAAUGAGUUUUCGCAAAAAGAAGCACCACCAAGCCAACCUGUUCUCGCCUCUACCAACGAAAAGUCUCUACAAUACAAUCUCAGCUUCCUAGCCGCCCCUCAAAACAUUACCAACGAACCACUUCCUCCCGCUAUGGUCACCAACGCCGAUUUCGCUCGCUUCGCAUACGCACAAGCUGUUCAAGAUCGCGAUGCCUAUGCAAGUACAGAAGGUCAAUCAGGAUGGGAAAAAGAGCGCAUGGAGGAGUUAAGAGAGGGCGUCGCUUUGGCAUUCGAACGGAAGGCUGAGGCAGAGAGAGACGAGGCGGAGUAUCUUGAAGAUCCGGACAGUUUUCAGGUCUACGACUUUGAGCCCGACUUCGAACCAGACUUUGACGCGUUUGAUCAAUUGUCAAGGGUUAUGGCACGCUCUAUAUGA